ACAGUCUAUUUUUGCAGUUGGUCGAAUUAAUUAUGUUUGAAAUCAUAGAAUAGAAGAUAAAAAAUAAUAACAAAAUCAAUUCAGGAAUUUGCGCCGUUUAAAGGGUAUUUCAUGAAAUACAUUGAAUUUAAAAUGUUUACGAAAUAAUUAAUAUAACUAUGCCAGAAUAUACAGUAACUUCAGAAAUAUACACAGAAUAUGAUUAUAAAACUUGUUUAAAGGCAAGUAGAGAAGGAAAUGUUGUAUCCGAGUUCCCUUUUUUGCUGCCUAAAGGAAAAAAUGUAGUAAAGUUUGAUGCCGACAAUGAUUUAGAUAUAGACAGGCCGCAGAAGGAGAUCAUAAAAAUAGAGCACAGUUCCAAAACAAAUAUAUCAUUAGUUGGUUUGCAAGUGUGGCGAGGUGCAUUCCUAUUGGGAGACUUGCUCAUACACUUGGGCCAUACUGGAGGCCUUACUGAUAAGACUGUACUGGAACUCGGAGCUGGUACUGGCUUGACAAGUUUUGUUGCAGCUAUUUACGCUAAAAAAGUUAUUUGUACAGAUAUUGAUUUAGGUGGCAUAUUGGAUUUAAUAAAACUAAACGCUAAAUAUAAUUCCAAACUGAUGAAGUCGCCGUUCAAGGUGAUGCCGCUUGACUUUACCAAAACAAAAUGGAAUCCAUCUUUAUUGACUGAAAUAAAACAAACGGACAUUAUUAUAGCUGCUGAUGUAAUAUACGACGAUGAUGUAACUGCAGCGUUUAUAUCGACCAUACAGAAAAUACUAGGAACAAAUCCACCGAAAACAAUUUAUAUAGUUCUAGAAAAGAGAUACGUCUUCACCAUAGAGCACAUGGACUCCGUUGCGCCGUGCUAUGAAACAUUCCUCAGUUUGCUGGACCAAGCGAAGAUCCAUUCCGACUGGUCAGUGGAACAGAUGUCUACGGACUUUCCAAAGUAUUUCACAUACGACCGUGUUAAAGAUUUAGUUUUGUGGAAAAUUUCCUCCAAAUCCAGUUGAUAGAAUUAAGUGUUAAAUAAAUCUGUUAUUUUUUAUC